UACGUGCGGCGCCCGAGAGCCGCACGGUUGUAUAAAUGUGCCCCGUGCGUCUUAGUCGUGAUUUGUCCUUCAUGUGAGUGUGGUUGGAGAAGUCGUGUGUCUCUCGGUUACUCUUGUACAGAUACACUUCGCUCUCUUUCUUAUCACCUGAUUAUUCGGUUUUUUUCCUUGGUGCGAUAACGAUAAUGCCAUACCGCGCGAGAUUGCGAUUGCUUGGCAGGGCGUUCGGGCUGGCGGUCAGGAACUCGUGCGGGAAACGUGAAACCAAUCCGAGUCUCACCGUCGUCGCCGCCAACUUCGUAGGCAGCAGGAAUUUCUCUGUGAGUCGCACGCUCGAUAUGAGAUUCGUUCAAUUCACAAACAAGACCGGAGGUCCGCAACACCUCGGAGUCCAAUUGAAGCAGGGUGGUGACAUCAUUGCCGUGUCGGCUGUCGAUUCACGGAUCCCGAACACGCUGAAAAAAUUCCUCGAAGGCGGAGAUGACCUUCUCAAGAAGGCGAAAAGGGAAGACGAUAUCGACCUAAGGAGGGAAGUAGAGAGAAUAGUCGCCGAGGGACGUAGCAUUAUACCCGAGGCCGAUGUGAACUUCUUAGCGCCGGUCACGCGCAUGGACAAGCUCGCUUGCAUUGGCCUCAACUACAGCGGCCACUGCGAGGAGCAAGGUGUACCGAUUCCAACAAGUCCGGUAGUCUUUAGCAAAUUUCCCAGCAACAUCAUCGGGCCUCGUGACAACAUUCUACUGCCGCAGAUCUCGGACAAAGUCGACUGGGAAGCCGAGUUGGCAAUAGUAAUCGGUAAGAAAUGCAAAAGCGUAAGCAAUGACAACGUUGAGGACUGUAUCUUCGGUUACACGGUGGCGCAAGACAUAACAGCGCGCGAUUGGCAGAAGUCGAAGAGGAACGGUGGCCAGUUCUUGCUCGGCAAAGGGAUGGACACGUUCUGUCCUCUGGGCCCAGCUGUUGUCACCAAAGAGUCGAUAUGCGACAUCAACAAUCUGUCCGUCAAAACAUGGGUGAACGGUAAUUUGAAGCAGGACGGCAACACCAGCGAACUUAUCUUCAAACCUCACGAGAUAGUCGCAUAUCUUUCACAAUUUUUCACAUUAUUGCCAGGUGACGUAAUUCUUACCGGUACACCCGCCGGUGUAGGAUUCACACGUAAACCACCAGAAUUUCUACAGCGUGGAGACGUGCUCGAAACCGAGAUCGAAAGCUUAGGACGUCUGAGAAAUAAAGUAAUCUGAUCUAAGAAACACACUUUUGAGAGAGUUGUUGAAGUUUCACGAUCUUCACAAGACUGGACCUGCGUUUCUUCAGGCCUCGAUAUCCGCGAUGACAUUAUUACCCCAAAAAAUGAUUGAAAAGAUACAUACGCGAGCAAUGUCGAGGAUUUUAGCGUGAUUGCGAAUGUUUAAGCCGGAAAAAUAGCCUGUCUUCACUCAGGGCACAAGAUGCGCCUAGCCACAUUAAUAACACAGCUAUGCUACUUUUCUACGUAUUUUACGUACUUGUAUAAUUAAAGCAAGACUGUUUAUA